AUGUUUUCACAAGAUUCGUCGACAUCUUACCUGAAUUUGAAGUGUGCAGUACCAGCGUGCACAAAAAAAUUUAAUGUAGAAGAGCGUCAUUUUUUCCGAUUUCCGAAGGAACAUGAAAGAUGGUUGCAAUGGAUACGAGCAUGUGGAAGACUGGACUUAGAACCAAAAGGUCCAGAAUAUGCAUAUCACAAUUGUCGGUUGUGCCAUUUGCAUUUCGAAGAAAAAUGGUACAAAAUAAAUAAAAUGAGAACUCGUCUUCAUCCAGAUGCUAUAUCGACAAUAUUUUUUAAAUCUAAUAAAGAGGAAGAUAAGAAGAUGUAUUAUUUACCCAUUUUGCUGCAAUGA